CAUAUUUAAUUUACAUAAAUACUAUGCGAACUAUGGAGGCUUAUAAAACAUUUCGAUAUAAUCGUAUUUGAAUAAUUUCCAGUGAAGCAGAUAUUAUCUACAAUGAAGAGUUACAUCCUGCUUCGUAUAAAAUUACAGUAAUGCGCUCAGUAACUCGUGAUAUAAUAUAUCAAUGGUUUGGUAAUCUCUUCACUCCAUUUUGUCUCUCAUCUCAUCGGUUAUUAAAUGAAGGAUUUAUUACAUUCCUUGAAACACAUAUCAUCAAAAAGGUCUAUCCAGAUUUUGAAAACAUUACAGAUUUGUUGGUAGUUGAAACUCAACAUGAAGCUCUUCAUCUAAACUCUUAUUCCGCUAUGAACUCUUUUGCAACAAACACAAGCAGUAUAUCUGAAAUUUGUUCACAUUUUCCAUUUUCUCGUAUCAUAGGACCCGCUAUAUGGCGCAUGUUGAAUGGUACACUUCCCCGUAAUUCCUUGUUAAUGGGUUUAGACACAUACUUUAAUACUCGAUUUCCUAACUUUAAUUCGCCAACUCCCGAUGAUCUAUGGAGUUUUAUAAAGACUGGUAUAGAUGGUAAAUUAAAAAAUAAACUGUAUAAUCUAAGCAUAAAACAGAUAAUGGAUAUUUGGAUUACACAAACGUAUUGCCCUGUGGUAAACGUGAAACGAGAUUAUUCUAAUAAUCUCGUAAAAAUAUCGAAAGAGAUUAAUGACAAAUUAGAUCGGAAACCAUAUUUUAUACCUGUGAGCUAUGUUAAGGAAACGAACAUCAAUUUUGUCAAUAUCUCGCUACAAAGUUUCAAUUGUUUAACGCAGUCGAAUCCAGAGAUGAAAAUCAACUACGAUAGUAAAGAUAAAUGGUUCAUUGCCAACAUAUUACAAACUGGUAAAUAUUAA